UCCUUUAGGUGAGUGUAUAUUGGACAUGUUACUUUGAGUUGCCUACCAUAUAUGUACCAUGAUAUGUUCUCAUAAAAUACCAAGGUUUUACCUAAUUUUACCAUCACUGUACCAUGAUACUGCCACAGCAGGCUUUUGAGAAAGUUGUAGCUAUUGCUGAAAUCUAUCUAUUAUUGAUAUGGGUACACACGUUGGCAUCAUAGUGUAGUAAACAGACAGAUUGAGACAUAAAGCUACAUUAAUUAUGUGCAGAGCUUCUCUUCUCAUUCCCUGCAAAGGCACAGAAACCCCAUCUGCCAUUCAUCAUUUCUAGAUGUUGUUGUUGAGUUGUGAUGCAGUGGUGCCUAUGACUCAGUCAUCAUGGUCAAAGCUAUAGAUUACCAUUUCUGUUGCAGAUAAGUCUUCACGGGAUCUCUAAAUAUUGCAUAACCUUGCAUACAUUUUUUUUUAAACAUAAUUUCCGCCUGGAGAUACAAUUAACUUAUUCACGCUAGCGCCAUCUUUGUUUUUUUUAUGUAAUGACAAUGAGGCUGUGGGGGAUAUACUUACAGUCUCGUCAAUGGUACGAACUGUAUAAAGUGCCAAGAUCACAUCUGAUUUUCCACCACUCAUGUUGUCUGGAGUUUAUUGUAUACUGAAUGUUCUUGAACAGACAUUUUAUCAAUGUUUUGCCCGCGGAACGAUACAAAAACACUUAAAACUGCAGUACAGCCAAAUUAAGAGACUGCCUCUAUCUCUCAUAGCCUUGUUGCCAUUCCCAUUAAAAAAUAAAGAUGGUGCUAGCGUGAAUAAGGUCCAUACAUGAAACGCAGCUACCCAGAUAGCAAAAAUAUCCGCACGGCUUCUUUUUGCCGCCGUCCCUAAGCUGUCGGCUAUAGGUGCGUCCCACUGGCGGGGAUGAAACGUCUGCCGCCGAAUUCGUCACUCCCAUUUCUUGCGAUAUGCCGCUUUGAAAUACAAGGAUUUCUACUCUCAAAAUCGACCAGCCAUGUUGGCUAUUUUUUGCUCCAAAGCCAUUAGGGUUUAUAACAGAGUCUUGACUCUUGAUUCCAUGAUAAGGUAAGGUUUAGGAAAUUACAUUUAAAUUACUUUGAAACUCUGAAGCGAUUAUACAGUAAUAUAUGUAAAAUAUAUUGAAUUAUUUUAUGCACUUGAAAAUUGUUUACAUUUCUUUGAUUGCUGCGCAUUUGAGACAUGCACCAAUAAACCAAAAAUAAUUCCUUUUGUAAAACUUACUUGGCAAUAAAUAUCUUUAUGAUUCUGAUUAGGUUUAAAAUAGAUAUUUAAUUCAUGGUAUGAACAAUUUAGCAGAAUAAAUUGAUGAAGUUAGACUUUUCACGAAUGCCUGACUAUCAGUGAACAGUGAAAGACAUCUGCAACAUGGCCAAAAUCUCGGGUAUACUUAAAUUCUUUUUAUUAAUUUGCAACCAUGGUGAUAUCUGUCAUAAACAUGAAAAUCCCUGUUUUGACGUGAAGGAUAAUCUCAAUUAAAAAGCGAAAUUAUCCUCUGGUUUCACAGUCGCGCAGAAAUUUUGUUUAUGUCUACAUUUUUUCCAACCUCGAUUUUUUUUUUGUUAUUUUACCUUUUACAGGUUUUGCAAUUAUGACCUGUACAAAUGUUUAAGAAAGUGUUAAAGUCCCUGUAAAGGCAAAAAAAAAAAAAUCUAAACGCAUUAUAAAUGUUAAAAAUGUAUUGCUAAAACACAUUACAAAGACUGAACUGUGAAGUUCCGCUGUCGCCAUAUCUGUUUCCGGUUUACUUGCGCGUCGCCCAAAAUGUCUGUUUUUACUCGAUGUCUCCAGAAUCUUCCGAAAAUACGCAUCAGCGAUGUUCAUCGCAUUGUUGAUGCCUGGUCCCCUGCUCCGACAAGCAAGAGGGACAAGGGCUUUAAACUCUACAUAUCGAGUUAUCUGCACAACUACAAGGGUGACAGCGGCUCACUUCAAGAGCAGGUGAAGCAAGUUGGGACAAUGUUGAAGACAUUUGCUCGCACUGGGCAAUCGGGUGCAGAUCAAACCCUAAUGCUGCGACGUCUUGGAGAGUUUGGCGAUGUUGUGCGUAGCAUGGACAACAAAAUGCUAUGCUGCAUCAUUUCAGUGCCAAUGUGUCUGUUGGAGAGUUAUCCCUGCCAGGGGAUCUGUUACUCCCCCCUAGACACCCAGGAAGAUUUGGCGUUGCUUGACAACAAUUUGAGGCAGGAUAAAGAGCUCCAGCAACGAUUUCUUCGGUUUUUGGCAAUCAAAUGUGGGAGGGACCUAAAGACAACCGUGUGGCGAAUGCUUCAGAGUAUCUUCUCUAAUCACCUUUCCAUCAAUACAACCUGGACUGGUGUAGGGGAUAAAGCAUGUUUUAGAGACAUGUUCCUGAAGACCAUUGUUCAAAGAGCCAUCCGGAAGAACCCGGCAACCCAGGAUGUCACUGAUGAUGCGAUCCAGGUUAACGUUACGCGUUACUUGAAAGGAGCAUCUGAACAUGAAGGUGGAAAAAGGCGCCGCACAG